AGAGGUAUGAAUAUCCGACCUAAUUUGCCGUGUAGCCUAAUUUGUAAUGGUUAAGUUAAAUAAAAUCCGCGUACGUCGAUUGUAACAACAUGUAAUGCAAUAGCCUAGGCUACGUUAAGUUUAUUUUUAUUUUUAGUUUAGUUUAGUUUGAAUAUAGGUCCCCUUGUUUCCUGGUCCUUUGAUCAUCAGUGCAGAUAAAGGAUGGCGGAGAGGCAUCCUGACACUGACGGAGUAAUAGGGAAGACCAAAUAUGAAAUGGAACUCCCUGAACAGAAUGUUUUGGAGUCCCAUGGUAAAGAUGUGCAAUUUGCUGAAAGUGUGGAUCUUCGUAGCCAAAGUCGCUCACCAGUACCCAGUGUAAUUUCCAUGAGGAGUGACGAGUCAAUGGGUCGCUUUAUUGAGUUUGAAGGAGAGCAAAGCACCAGGGUUGAUUUGGAUAGGCCAGAGUCGCUGAGCAGUUCAUCUUCAUAUUUUGAACCUGCAUUGAAGACUUCAUCUGAUAAAGCUCAGAGUGAACACACUACAGAACCUGGGGGUAUUCUCUGUGCCGUUUGCCCAAAGAGGGCUUUCAAGUCCUGCCUUACCUGCAUGGCCUCCUACUGUGAGCUCCAUGUAAGGCAGCACUAUACAGCUCCAGCACUGCAGAGACACAGGCUGGUGGAGGCCACUGAAGACCUGGAGCAGAAGCUGUGCUCACGACACCACAGAGAGCUGGAGCUGUACUGCAGGACUGACCAGACGGCAAUCUGUAUGAUAUGUAUGAAAACUGAACACAAUGGACACAAUGUAAUCACAAAUCAGAGCUUGGGAAUGAAAUCGGAAGUGGAAAUUAAGUCAACUGUCCCUCCUCCUGGGCCCAUUGAGUUCUCCUCAGUGAAGCCAGACUCUGUGUGUGUGUGCUGGGGACCUCCUGAGGGACUGACUGGACCCCACAUAUUCAGGGUCACAUGGACGGGUGAAGGCAGCCAGGGGAAUCUUGAGGUGCAGGACCUGAAGCUACAUGUGCAGGAGCUGACUUCAGGAGAGAACUACAUGUUUACUGUGGCCACCCUCAGUGAUGAUGACAGAGAGAGCCCAUGUGUGUCUGCAACUGUGCAAACAGAUAUUCUUCCACCUGAAUGUCUUGAUGUAGAUGUGCAUUUAACGUCAGUCUCAGUAACAUGGAGCAAACCAGCAGGAGUUGAUCAGGCCUCAUACUUACUGACCCUCUGCUGUGAUGGGAAAACUCUACAGUCCAUUUCCACCAGAUCUCUUCAGCACUGCUUUUCUGAGUUGGAAAUUGAGAGAGAAUACAGCAUCUCUGUGUCAACAGCACUAAAAGGUGGCCAGAGCAGCGCCAUCUCUGAAACCAUCAGAACAAGUGUUCCAGUCCCAGAGAAACUGGCCUUGGGCUCAGUGACUCAAACAUCAGCUGAUCUCAGCUGGAGUCUGCAUCAGUGGAUGGAGCAGAUUCCACACAGCUUCCUGAUCUCCUACCACAGUGAAGGGACUGAAGCACAGACCAUCUCUACAGAGUCCUGCAGCACAACUCUUACAGAGCUGCAGCCAGACACUCAGUACACUGCCAGUGUCUGCUGUGAGCUCAAAGAUGGGUGGAGAAGUCUGACUACUUCAAUCAACAUUGAAACAGGUAGUGGUAUGCCUGAGGGAUUGUCUGUGGAUGCACUGAAUGAAUCGUAUGUCAGUUGGGAAGCUGUUCUCAAAUGGACCCCACCACAUGGGGCCUACCAGAGUCAACACAGAUUCAAGAUCACCUACCACAGUGCAACAGGUCAAAAUACUAUUACAAACACGGUCUUUGCAGACUCACACUGCAUAACCCUCACAGACCUGCAAUCAGACAUUUGGUACACUGCCAGUGUCUCUACUGUACUCCUAAAUGGAAGGGAGAGCAAGUCCACUUCUGUCACCUUCCAUACAAGUGAGAGGAGGAUCUUGGUGCUUGGAAAAUCAGGUGAAGGUAAAAGCAGUGCUGGAAACACCAUUCUGGGAGAAAAGGUUUUCGAAGUGGGCGAUUCUGCAACUUCACAAACAAGCAGAUGUGAAACAAAGAGUAGGAUAGUCAAUGGGAGGAAAUAUACCAUCACUGACACACCGGGAUUCUUUGACAUAGACAGACCAGACAGGGAGUUGGUACCUGAGAUAGCGAAAUGCAUCUUUAAAAAUACCCCAGGUCCCCAUGUCUUUAUUAUUGUGAUGAGAGUAGGGAGAUACACAACACUGGAGCAAAAAGUUGUAGAGAAGAUUGAAGAAUUAUUUGCAAAAGAUACCUUCAAACAUGCAUUGAUUCUUUUCACACAUGGUAAACACCUGAAAGACCAGACUAUUGAACAGUAUGUGGACCAGUGCAGUACUGUGCACAGAAAAGCUUCUCUGAAGUACUUUGUCAUGAAGGAAUGUCAUGGUCGGUAUCAUGUCAUAGAUAAUGAAGACUGGAAUCAGGAUGAGGGUACCAGUAGCAACAGAACAGAGUUAGAGAAGAUGUUUGCCACCAUAGAAGACAUUGUACAGGAGAACGAAGGGUGUUACAGUACUGACAUUUCUUUGUUAGUUGUGCAAGCCAUUCAACGAGAAAUGGAGAGGAUGAGGGAGUAUGAGAGGCACCUAUCUGACAGCGACAUCAGAGAGAAAGCCAAGAGCCGAGUUGAACAAAAAGUUUUGUUGAAUAAAUGUGUGGCUACACUUCCAGUGCUGCUCUAUUCAGCUUUCAGUUUAGGUAAGAUUUCAGGAUCUUCCAGUUGUGUCCACAGAGCAGCAGCUAUGACAGAAUAUCCUAAUGAAACAGUAAAGGAGGCCUGUCGACAGUUGCGUCUCUUAUUGCAGGAAUAGCACUGUACAUUGUUAUUCAAUGUCUUGUACAUUGUACAAACUCAGAUGAAAAGAGGCAAGAAAGAAACAAGCAGACCCUAAAACCUAAAUUACAUUUUGGCAUUGUCAAAACAGAUUGGAGCUGUUGGAUCAGUAUCUGGUGCAAAGUGCCCAUAAUGCCUUAUUUUGCACGCCAUAUCACACAAGGUGCCAAUAACACCUUAUUCUAACCCAUAUACUAUUGUACCAAUUGCAUAUACUGUAACUUGUUUGUUAGGUAACCAGUACUAAACAUAGUGCAUGAAAAAGACCAGUAUUCAUGCUAUGUGUAGACUGAAUUUGAUCUGGUUUCCAUAUUUAUUUACAAAAUCCUUACUGUAUUCAUCAUUCUGUAAAGAGGCUAGGUGACGGAACCACGUUUUUAAGUAGCCAAUGAAUGUUAGGGGAAGACUUCAGCCAGCAUCAAGAUGUGGCAUCAUGUCAGGGCUUUUUUCCCUCCUCCUCUUUCUCUCUAUCUCUCUCUUUCUCUCUGGUAUGCUCUUGACUUUCUCUGUCCUCUUGAUAUUUUCUUUUCUGUGUCUUUUGUUUUGUCUCAUCCUCACUGAUGGGAAGAAAUGGGUCACUCUAAUUGAUCAUCUUUAUAUAUUUCCCCCCCCAAUAUGUUACUCUUAGUGCUUAGAUCGUUUAGAUUAGUUUAGGAUGCCUCUCAUUGAUAUGAUGUAAUCUAUAUCCCAAGUCAAUAUUUUAUUUAUUUGUUUUACUUUGUUUUCCUGUGCUCUGGUUUUAACCAGAGAGGCAGAUUGUGCAUUAGAGAAGAUUUGUCAACUCACCCAAGUGGGGUAACCAGCAGGGAGCAGUAGACCCUGUGGCUUUGAGUACUAACUAGUGAAUAGAAUAGAAGAAUAGAAUAUAUACUAUUCUUCUUCGUGAGGGAAAUUCCGUUCUCUGCAUUUAACCCAAUUUAACCGAAUUAGUGAACACACAGCACACAGUGACCCACAGUGAGGUGAAUCACACACUAACUCAGAGCAGUGAGCUGCCUGCCCAACCAGCGGCGCUCCGGGAGCAGUGAGGGGUUAGGUGCCUUUUUCAAGGGCACUUCAGCCGUGGACUGGUCGGGGAUCGAACUGGCAACCCUCAGGUUACAAGCCCGAUGCCCUAACCAGUAGGCCACGGCUGCCCCAACCAGUAGGCCACGGCUGCCCCUGUGAUGGUCAGUACUUUGAACCCUUAUAAUAUAGGAGGCCAAGUUUAAUAAAAAUCCUUUCCAUGUGCUCAGGAGGUAUCGUGCAGACACUGCCAUAACAGGCAGAACCAAGCACAUGCCUGCCAGCUGGCACUGAAGGUAUUCUGAAGCUGUGAAGUUGUAGCCAUGUGAGGAAUAAGUAUGCUGACCUCCUCUCUUGCCAGUUGUGUUAUUUAGUAGUCAUUGUUACUGGUGUGUACUGUACAUGUACUGUUUGCACUGUUUUCUGGUUUUCUGUCAUGCUGUCCUUGUCAAUUAUGCUGUGUAACUCAUUUUAUUGUCUUUUUUUUGUCAAUUGUCAAUGAUGCUGUGUACUGUACUCAUUUUACCGUACUCCCCUUUUUUUGACAAUAGCCAAUUAUGUUGUGUACUCAUUUUUUUUUUUAUCAAUCAUCAUUACCUAGUGUACUGAUUUAAUACUUUUUUGUCCAUUUGCAAUCAUGCUGUCUACUCAUUUUAUAGUCAUAUUUUGUCAAUUGUUAAUUAUGUGCACUCAUUUUUAUUGGUGUGUUAAAAGCACUAUAUACAUUAAAUAUGUUAUA